AUGAUUUUGAUAAGUGCCUUUCAGAGCUCUUGGCUGUCAAGGACAAGUUUAUUACAGGAUACCAAAAACUCUGACAUAGAGAAAUUGAAAAAACUGGUUAACAAUUUAAUGAAUGAGUUGGAUGCAAAUUUAAAGGUUCUGGAACAGAAGAAAGAGGAAAUUAAAUUAUUGGAUACUGAGAUAAUAGAGCUAGAAAAGUCAAUAACAAAAAUAUCCAAUGAGUAUUUUUUACAAUAUAUACUAUACACUAUAUAUAUAUAUGUACCAUCAUGUAUAAUAUACAGGCUGUGCGAAAUCGAUUCUCUUAUAGAACUAAACAAAAUCAAAUUAAACUCUUUAGAAGAGAAUAUUAAAGAUAAAAACAUAGAAUGUGAUUUAAUUAAGAGUCAUAUUUCUUCAAUUGAGUCUAAAAUCAACUCCCUCGUACUGGGUGUAAAGAAAAGACAAAUGGUCAAUGAGGAGAUUAGGAACAAAAUUGUAAUAAGAGUUUAUUAA